AUGUCAACGUGGUGCCAGCAUGACUGUGAGCAAUGUCCGGCCGAUGCCACUUCGCUGAAUGCCAGCCGUCCUUGCGGGAAUCAGCCAGCAAAUCCCACAGCAGUACCCACCCAUCGUCUUGCUGUCUUCCCCCAGCCUGCUCAUCUUGGAGCAGGAACGACCAUGAGGCUUGAACCUGUCAUGGUUGCACCUUCCGUGGAUGGUCUCACGUGCGGAGCCACCCAGAACGUGUUUCCGGUCCCGGCACUCAUUCCUUCCCAACAGCAAGCCAUAUCCCAUGUCCUCCUCCCAGUUGUCGGUACUCAAUGGCAAUGCCGUUGGGUCAUGCAACCGGAAGCAACAUGGAUUACUCAAUCAGCCAUGGCACCUCAGCAAUCGGGUCUGUGCCAUCCCAGCCAAGCGUCAUGCUGCCAGCACCGAAGCCAGCUCGGGUCUCUUCAUCCAUUGGCUGACCUUGCUCAGACUUCCAAGUCUCAAGAUGAGGCUCAAAGAGAGCUCACCCACACAUCGAGAAAGGAAAAUACCAGACUGGUGCCGGAGCAACCCAGUGACGAGAACAUCAAUAACAAUCAACCAACAUCCCAACCCCGGCCUAAUUUCUCAGACAUCCUCAACAAGGCCAUGUUCAACACAUCCAGCAAGCUAAUGGCCUUGCUGGAGCAGGAACUAGAUAGAAUGGACGACGAGGACGACAAGGAUGACGACGAGUUCAGUGAUCUUGAGGAAAUGGAUACUUCUACUAAAGACAGCAAGCUCACCGCAAUUGCUGACGGCAAACGGACAUAA